AUGGAAGGUGAAGCCCGGCAGUCGUGGGAUGAGGUAAAACUUCGAAAUCUAGUUUCUGACGCGGACUGUGAUGCCAUCCUUUCCGUACCGGUUGCGUUGCUGGAAGGACAUGACACUUUGGUGUGGCACCAUGAUUCCAAGGGUUGCUACUCAGUGAAAUCGGGGUACCAAAAGGCGGUGAAGCAAGCGCAUGCACGGACAAAUUUACCUGGAUCUUCCGUAGACUGGUCUGCGAAAGAGUGGAAGAUUGCUUGGAAUUUGAAUCUGCUUCCAAAACUUAAACACUUUGUAUGGAGGAUGUAUCAUAACGCAUUGGCAACAAAGCAAAAUUUAUGGCGUAGGCGGUGUGCCCAUUCUACCGAUUGCCCUAUCUGUCUAACAGCGGCGGAGUCUGUAGAACACCUUUUCUUCGGAUGUGAGUGGGCUAAGAGAGUUUGGUUUGACAGUGGGUUGGGCUUCAGAUGUGAUGAGCUUGACAUGGGAACAAUUUGGUCUUGGUUUGGCAAGCUUUUUGCAUCCUUAGGCACCGCUAGUGAGGGUCGAUCAGUGCUCUGCUCCAUGAUUUGGGUGGCCUGGAGUAUUUGGAAGGUACGAAAUGAGCAUCUCUUUAAUCACUACAUUGUGGAUCCUAUUGAGGUGAUUGCCAAGGCCAAACAAGAGGAAGCGGUUUUCUUGGCAGCUUGUGAGGUGGACUCUGCCUUUGUGGAAACAAUAGCUGGGGCACAGUCUUCAGGGCCUCAGUGGGUUCCUCCUCCGAGAGGGAUCUGGAAAAUUAACUGUGAUGCGGCAACUGAUCUGAGUAGAGGGAGGGGGGCUGUUGUAGUGCUUCUUCGCGAUGAGAAGGGCAAUCUGCUGGAUGAUAUUGCUGCAAAAAUUCGGUUGACAAUAGUAGUACAAGGAGAAACAAUUGCAGUUUGUCUUGCAUGCGCCAUGGCCCGUGCUAUUCAAUGUGUCGCAGUAGAGAUUGAGAGUGAUAGCAAAACUGUCAUUCAACUUUGUGUUUCAGAGGGGGUCCCUCCGUGGGAAAUUUGUGCUAUUAUACAAGACAUUCGGUCACUAGCCCAUAGUGGGGGUCUGACGUUCAAAUGGUCCCCCAGAGUUCGAAACAGAGCUGCACAUUGGGUGGCUACAGCUUGUCUACAUGAUUAUUUGCCUGUUCAUUGGGUGUCCCAGCCUCUUAUGGCUUUUGUUGGGUGCGUUUAG